AUGCAUCGCAGUCUGGCCUCCCGUCCGAAGACAUCUUCUGCUGCAAACGACGACAACACAUCCACCCCCUUCGACCACACCAUGAAGAGGACCGCCUCGCAGACCUUUACGAGCAGCUACUACGACGCCGACCGCUACGGCAUGGCCCUCGAUGCCGUCAACGAAGCAGACAGCAGCAGCCAUGGUGAAAGCGCCCUUUCUAGAGCACUCGGGAAUCUGACGGGCCCUUUCACCCGCCAGAAGAGUCGCAGGAGGUUAUCUUCCUUCUCGUCCGCCUCUGCUGCUUCCUCCCGCCACCGCAGACCGUCCAUCCAGAGCUUCAUUGAGAGCCUGCCGUCAUCUCACGCCUCCCGCAAGUCCAGCAACGAGCAACAGCGCCUGCCUCUCCCCCACACCGACUCAGGGAUGCCCUCACUCCCCAUCGUCACGCCGUCGCCGACCAGCACCAAAGGCUUUUCGCUCAAGCGCUUCAGUUCCAUGCGAAGGAAGCCAGCUGUACCUCAGCCUUCGGGCGAGUCGUCCCGGACACCACAGCACCACACUUCGCUCCUGACUGCUCAACUCCUGGGAGGCGCAUCUGCACGACAGUCGGCCGCCGCUGCCAACGAAAGCCGCCUGAACCACAUCCGCGAACAGGAGCACACGUACCGCUUCAUCCACGGCCUCAAUCCCUCCAGCAAGGGUGAUGUCGACUUCAACGACAACGAGAGCGGCGUCGACAUGACGUGUUCGUCGCCCAUUGUUCGGACGGACAGCGCGAACGACAAGAAGAUGACCGACCCCUUCCAGCGCCUGCCUGCCGAACUCGCUACCACUGUCUUGUCCAACCUCGACGCAACAUCACUCGCCCGCGCAGAACAAGUUUCACGAACCUGGCGAGAACACGCCGCCUCGAGUCACGUCUGGCGCAACGUCUUCCUCCGCAAGUACCAACCCGAGGUCCACGUUUCGCCCGCACCCAUCCAGAUGGGUGGUUCGGGUGUGGGAAAGCAGGUGAACGGCAAGCCCGCCCCUGCGCAAGAGUGGAAGAAGAUGUAUUCUGCCCGAAGCACAAUCAACAAGCGGUGGAAGGCUGGCACUCCCGCUGCCGUUUACCUGAAUGGCCACACAGAUAGCGUCUACUGUUGCCAGUUCGAUGAGAACAAGUGCAUCACUGGCUCCCGCGACCGCACCAUCCGCGUGUGGGACCUGAAGACAUACACGUGCAUCAAGGUGUACGGCGGGCCAAACCACCGUCCUACCCUCAACACACCACUUCCCAUGGAGGAGCGCUCGGAAUGCGUCAUCAGCCACACAUCAGUCAACGGCACCGACACUGGCAACAAAAUCUACAACGUUCCUUCCGACUACCACGACGCAUCGAUCCUCUGCCUGCAGUACGACCACGAGAUUAUGGUCACUGGCUCUUCUGACUACACCUGCAUUGUCUGGGAUAUCACCGGCGAAGAAUACGUCCCCAUGUACCGCCUCCGCGGUCACGAGGCCGGUGUUUUGGAUGUUUGCCUCGACGACAAAUAUAUCAUCUCGUGCAGUAAGGAUGCGAUGAUUAAGGUCUGGGACCGCAAGACCGGUGCCUGCAUGCGCACCCUCAAGGGACAUCGAGGCCCCGUGAACGCCGUCCAGCUUCGCGGCAACCUUCUCGUUUCCGCUAGUGGAGAUGGCAUGGCCAAGCUUUGGAAUCUUGAGACCGGUGCUUCCAUCAAGGACUUCCCAUCUGAGGAUAGGGGCCUCGCAGCUGUCGAGUUCUCCGAUGAUGCCAAGUACGUUCUCGCUGGAGGCAACGACCACGUUGUCUACAAGUUCGACGCCAACUCCGGCAACCUUGUCCACAGCCGCGUCAAGCACGAUGGCCUUGUUCGUUCGCUGUUUCUGGACGCCUUCAACGGUCGCAUCGUAUCCGGCUCGUACGACCAGAGCAUCCAGGUUUCCGACUACGAAACUGGCGCCACAUAUGCUGUCUACAAGAACUGGACCACAAGCUGGAUCCUCUCUGCUAAGAGCGACUACCGCCGUGUUGUGGCCACAAGCCAAGAUGGACGCACGUUGAUCCUGGACUUCGGCCACAACGUUUCUGGAUCUGAUUUGCUGGUUGGGGGAAAGUAA